AUCUGCAGAUCUGUCGUACAGAUCUGGCCGCCAAGCAGGUGCAGGCUGCGGAGCUGGGCAGCCGGCUGGCGGCGCGUACGGCGGAGCUGACGGCGGCACAGCAGCACCUGGGGGAGCUGCGAACUGCUGCUGCGGAGGCCCAGGUGAUUCCGCUGCUGCAGCAAGAGCGGGACGUCGCAGACCGCCGAGCCGAGCAGCUCCUUAACGACCUCACAACCGCCAAGGAAGAGAUCGCCAAGCUUCAGGCUGCUGCUGCCGCCGCCGCUGCCUUCUCACCUGUGCCGGAUGCCCUGUCGGAUCUCCAACAGCGCUUCACAGCAGAGCAAGCCACCUCAGCAUCGCUCCGAAACCGGGUUGAGGAUCUGGUUUCGGAGCUGGAGGAGCUGCAGCGUGCGUUGGAGCAGGAGCGGCGGAGCCGGGCGGAGGAGGCUGCCGUACAUCAAGCCCAUGAGGCGGCGCAGCGGGCGCAGGCGGCAGAGCAGUUGGCGGGGGCGCGGCGGGAGGUGGAGGGUCUGCGGCAGCAGCUGGCGGCGGCGGUGGCGGCGGCGGCGGCGGAGCGGGAGGCGCAGGUGGGAGCGCAUGUGGAGGCGCUUGAACGGCUGCGGAGCCGGGCGGAGCAAGCGGGGGCCGCCACGACGGCGGAGGCGGUGACGCUGCGGGCGCAGCUGGCGGAGGCGAGGAGGGUGGCGGAGGUGGCGGCGGGAGAGGGUGAGGAGCUGCGGCAACGGCUGACGGCGGCACAGGAGGUGGCGUUGGUGGCGGAGCGGGAGUCGAGUGGGUUGCGUCAGCAACUGGCGGCCGCGCAAGAAGCGGCGGCGGCGACGGGCCGGGAGGUGGGGGUCCUGCGGCAACGGCUGACGGUGGCGCAGGAGGCGGCGGCGGCGGCCAUUCGUGAAGCAGAGGAUGUACGGCAGCGAUUAACGGCGGCUCAGGACGCGACGGCGGCGGCUAGACGCGACGCGGAGGAGCUCAGACGUCAGCUUGCGGCGCAGGCGGCGGUGGCGGCGGCCUCAACCUCAGAGUCGCAGCAACGCCUGGCGGAAGCCGCGCAGCAGCUAGCGGAGCAAGAAGCUGACGUACAAAGGACCCAACAAGCGCUUGAGACUCAGGCUGCGGAAAGUCGGGAGCAGCAGCAGCUACUGCGGGCCCGCGUGGUUGGGCUGCAACGGCAGUUGGAGGAGGCCCUUACAGCGCUGACGGCGCUUGCGGGCCGUACACAGGAGCUGGUUUCGGAGAAUACUGAGUUGCGGGGGCAGCUGCAGCAGGCGAGGUCGCAGCUGCAGGAGGUUUCGGAGCGGCGGCAGGCCGACAUUGCGGUGGCGGUUGAGGCGGAGAAGGCAGCAGCGGCGAUGGAGGCAGCUGAGGCCAUCGCAAGCGUUGAGAAGGUUGUAGCGGAGUACCAAGUGCGAGAGGUGCAGCUGGAGGGACUGGUUUCAGAGCUGCGGCAGCAGCUGGCGUCGGCGCAGGAGCAGCUUGCCAACAUGAGCCGUGCAGCUGACGAGGCGGAGGCUCCUACGGGGCCGGCUACGGAAGUUACGGAGGGGGUUCAGGAUCCGGCUUUGAUGGGGACGGCGGCGGCCGUAAUGAGGGCGGAGGAGGUGGAAGGGAGCGUGACGUCGGUACGGCAAAUGGCAUCAUGCGUAGCUGGAAAUGAGGCUGAGUUGGAGGCGGAAUCGAUAAUGGGUGGCGAUGGCGGUGCUGGUGAGGAGGGGUCCCGAGCCAGCAGCGGCGGCGGAGGCGGCAAGCCGGGCCUCUCCUGCUCGCCCGCUUCCUCGCAGCACCUCAGGGCGGCUCUGUCGGUGGCCAGGCAGCGGAUCCAAGCACUAGAGCAGCAGCUAGCGGCUCAAGCCACCGCUGCCGAGCAGGCCGCCGCAGCCCAAGCCGAGGAGCUGCAGCUCCUGCGGGCCCGGCUGACUGCAACCGAGGGGCACCUGUCUGGGGCAGGGGUGCCUCCCUCGGAGCCUGCCAGCCUGUUGCCUCUGCUGCUUGAGGAGGAGGAUGUGGAGGCGGAGGCGGAGGAGGUGGUGGGGACGGCGGAGGAGGUGCAGGAAACGGAUGUGGAGCGCAGGGAGGAGGAGCCGGUGGCUCCGGAGGCGGGAGUCUUCGAGGCCUUGGCGGUACAGAGGGCCAGCGCCCGUGCCGUCUCAGCGCCCUCCUGCAUGCAACCCGGAGGACACCCCCAGCACUGCGACUCUCAACCCCGCUUGCCUCAUGCAGACACGGCGGCCGGGCCCAUCCGCCCGCACCACUCGGAUGCAGGACAUGCGGCCCACCCAGCUCCCCAGCGCUUUGCGGAUCUGGAAGCACCCGCACCCGCCGUCGCGGCCGUACAUCCCGCCCCCUUUCCCCUGGUGCCCCUCCCUGCUGCCGACGACGACAACAACAACAACCCCCACACGCUGCUCCACCCCCACAUGCAGCAGGAGGACACCCCCCAGCCCUUCCGCAGCCGCACCCGCAGCGCCUCUGCUGGCAAUUACUCCGCCGGCACGCAUGCUACAACCACCACCACCGCACGAGACUUCACCUUCUCCUUCUCUGCAGGCGGUGCCGGCGCAGGCGCCGGAGCCGGCACAGGCACUGCCAGCGGCGCCCUCGCUGCUACCGGUAUCGCAAUGUUCGCUUCGUCGGGUGCAGCUGCGGGCAGCGGCUUUAGCCCGGUCGGUGGCAGUGCAGGCGGCAGUGAAGGUGGUGGUGGUGCAGGGGAGGGGUGCCUGGGGUCGGCUGCGGGGCUCAGCCUGAGUCAACGGCAGCAGCGGCUGCAGCAGCGGCUACAGGAGGAAGCUGAGGAGCUGGAGCUGCAAGCACAACAGCAGCAGCAGCAGCGGCGAGCACUGCAGUUGUGGGGUACGCUGGGGAGUUCCAUGCAAGGGAAAGAUCCGUACCAGCAGGGGCAGGUGGACGCACAGGAGCAGGUGGACGCGCAGGAGGCAGUGGUACGGCGGGAGCAGCAUCUGCACGAGCGGGUUUCGGAGCCGGGUGGCGGCCCAUGUAACCAUGCAGCCAUGGCCCCAGCAGCCAGCUCCAGCUCGGUCCCCUUGAUGGCAUCCAAUCCAGCCCCGGUCUUGGUCCCUUCCUCAGCGUCCGCUCCCGCCCCAAUCACAACCUCCGCCACGCCCUCAAUCUCGGAGCCCCUCCCAGCCUCAUCUUCAUACCCUUCGGCCUCCUCUCCUCCAGCACCACACCAGCACCAGCCACCAUCUCCCACCUCACCCGCACCCCUUAGGCAACCGGUUAGCGGCAGCGUCGCCCUAGCAACAGUGUACGACAGUGUUGCUAUCGUAUUGCCUGAGGACAGCGAGGCCGGUACGGAGGUGCGGAUGAGGAGGUCCUUGGAAAAGCCAUCCUUCCCCGGCAGGGAAGCGCAGCGCAUGGCGGAGGUACCCGUAGUUACGUUGGAGGGCGAUGGAGGGGCUGUGUCUGUAGCGGCAGCUGCGGCGGUGUUUUCCGCACGGCAGUCGCUAGCGGCAGCAGCGGAGGUACUUUCCGCGCUUCAGUGCUCUCUAGGGGGCGCACCAAGCGGGGCCGGAGGAGCCUUACCAGAGCGGUUGCAGGCAGGUAUGGUUGCUGUAAACAGCAGCCACAGCGACAGCAGCAGUUGCGAGGGUGAUCACGAGCGCGAGGCCACUCUCAGCGGCUCGGUGGGCCCCAUGGACAGCGGCGCCCUGCUGCCCUCCAGCAUGCCGCUGCCAGCUGCAUCUCCGCUUCAGGAGCUAGCCCAACAGGAGCAGCAGCAGCAGCUGCUAUCAUCGCCGUCACAGCACUGGCAGGAGCAGGAGCAGCAGGAGCAGGAGGCAGCCGUUGCAAGGGCAGGUGCUGCGGAAGUGCAGCCCAGUGCGGAAGAGGCAGCGAAGAACGGCCUCCAAGGCUACAGUUACAGCACCCCGAGCUUGCCUCUGCUGGCGGCCGAAGCGGCGGUCAGCGGCGGUGGCGCCAGCGCUAGCGUAGACACCGCUCCCCACUCUACUUACAGUCCUCAGACCAGUCCCGGCAACAGCAUCAGCUCCUCCUCAGCCCCUUCCAGCGCGCCAGGUAGCGGUGACGUCGGCGGCGGCGGCGGCAGCAGACGUCAAAGCAAUCGCGGUAAGGACCGCAGCCGUGACAGGGAGCGCCGUGCCACCCGCCAGUCGCCCUUCUCGCCGCCACCGCUUCCGUUGCGCUUCUGGGAUGGCGGUCGUGGCGGCCGCGGCAUCCAUGAUGAUCGGGACGACGAUGUGUACGGCAGCGGCGGCGGCGGCGGCGCGGCGGCAGGUGGCGCGCUGGCGGACCAUGCAGCGUUGCUGGCGGAGCUGGCGGCGGCGUUACGCGGCCGGAGUUACGGUGGCGUCACCGCCGCCGUGCCGGCGGCGGUGGAGACAUUGGUAGAGGAGGCGGAGGCGGCAACGACGGCGAUGGCGGCACCACCAGCGCCACCGCCGGUGGCUUUCAUUGUCGGCGCCGGUGGCGGUGCCGAUGUGGUCGAACAGGCGGAAGAGCCGGCAGCCGGUAUGGGUGCUGUGCCACAUUCGGACGAUGUCGGCAGCAGCGUUAGCGGCAUGGUGGUUGGGGCUGCGAGUGGUGCCGUACUGGCGGCCGAGGGCUGUCGUACGGCUGACGGAGGCGACUCGCUCGCCGCCGACCACCCGCCCAGUCAGGAGCCCUCCGCCGCCGGCAGCUGCGCCACCCCGGCACCCGCUGCACCCUCCCUGGGAUCUGACCUGUGGGAGCAGUACCGAGCGGCUGCUGAGGCGGCUGUUACCGGCACUUCCGGCACCUCCGGCACAAGGCAGCAGCAACAGCAGCAGGAGCCUGCCGGUAGAGGAGAUGAUGGUUGUGGUGGUUGUGGUGGUAGUGAUGGUGGUGAUGGUGGUAGCGGGAAUGUGCAGGAUGGUAAUCCGGGCCGGGGGGGCGGCGGCGGUGUCGUGGAGGGUGAGGCGGCGGCGGCGGCGGAGACGGCGCAGGCAAGCCACAAAGCACCCGCCUGAGCCGCACAUAGUGUUGGUGAUGAUGAUGGCGGUCGUACCGUGGUUGCCGUACUAGGGAUUUUUUUUGGAUGUUUAAUCUUUAUACGUACGACUGAUGUAUGACUGAUGUCGGUGAUGUUUGAUGAUGUGACUAAAGACAUGCACACAUGCUUGGUGAUUGAUUUGUAUCUGUGUGACAUUCACCGUGUUGUUGGUGACCUCCGCCUGCCACCCAAGAGUACCGUACCGUACCGGUAAUCGGCGUUCCUUGA